AAACGUUAGCACUGACAUGAUCGUGACUCGACUUCAUGCCAAAAACAACCAAAUAGUCAUCCAAAAUCCAUAAUCUCUUUAUAAUACGUAUUAGGAAAUGAUUAUUUUUUCUUAAGCCACGAUAAAGUCCAUUUAAAGGAUAAGAGUUUUCUCAGCAUGUACAAAUCCAGGUUGCUCCAUUCUGUGAAUAAAUUUUUCACCGUAUUUCUUAAAGAGUUAGUUCGGAAUAAACAACUGUGGCUGACAUGGACUGGGUUGAUCACUACCUCGCGUAUGAUUCUCCACAAAUGAUUACAGUUAAGGAUCACAAAAAGGACGAGCCGAUAUCACUGCUGCGUAGUAUCGUUAUAGAACUAGAGAAAACAAAUCAGUACCUUAAAAACGUUGUGUUGAACACAAAACAGAGCUCUGGUAAAACGUUCCAUCGCGAGGAUCGAGUAGAGAGUGUCUCUGUUUUUAUAAGUAUCAGCGUGCUUAGUAUAGGUGAUAUUGAUGCUAUCAAACAGGACUUCCAAUGCGAAUUUUACAUGCAGGUCAGGUGGACAGAGCCACUGUUGUUUGGAAGGAGCAAUUCAGACGACGUCGACUGGGAAGACGUCUGGGAUCCAAAUAUCCAUCUGAUUCAUGCUGUUGGAUUUGAUGUUCUCGAGAAAAGCAACCGACUCAUACCUUCGCUGGAUUCCAAAACUCCUCCUGACAUUAUCCAGUACUUUCACAUCAAAGGAACCUUCAAAGAGGUGCUUGAAGUUAAUGAAUUCCCUUAUGACUAUCAAGAUCUCACCCUUGUGUUAACAUCAAACUGGGCUGUGGACCAGAUCAAUCUCCUUAAAGACCCACACAAAAAUGACAAUAUAAGAACAUGGAAUUUUACAGCAAGGCAAGAGUGGGACCUUCAGCAGCAUGUACUUGUAGAAAGCACUGAAAACAUUCCAGAAGAAGGUUCAUCUCCAAAUAUUUUUCCACUGUACAAAGUGCAACUUCAUGUAAUGCGCCAAUAUGGUUUCUACCUCUACAACGUUGCCCUAAUUAUGUGCCUCAUCACUGCCCUUACAUUCAGUUCAUUUGCAGUGAAGGUGGAUUCAAUUGGUGACAGAAUACAAAUUACCCUCACUCUUCUCCUAACUUCAGUUGCCUUCAAGUACUAUGUUCAGCAAUUUGUUCCAACUGUCUCAUACUUAACCUUGAUGGAUAAGUAUAUUCUUUCGUGCAUGAUCUUUCAAUUUGCAAUGGCUGCAAUUCAUAACUCUGUGGCAGGACUGAUAACUAAUGCAAAGGCUUUGAUAUACUUUGAAUGGAGCUGUUUUGGACUGGCUUUGACUGUAUUUAUUGUGAUACAUAUAGUUUUUGCCAUCAUUUCUCUCAAAUAUGUGGUGAAAAAUAAGAAAAGAAUGAGAGCUGACAAAGAGCGAUAUCGGGCAACCAAUCCACCACAGGAAAAAAUAUCCAAUAGUCUAAAAAAACCAAUGACAAUAUCGGACAUAACCUAAUUCACAGAAAUCUGCCAAUGUUUGAAUCAGCAUAGCAGGGAUGUAAAGAGUAUGAAAAGGAAUCUACAAAGAUGAUAUCUACUGCAAAUCAGAAGCUUAGUUUUAAUCUCUUUACCAUGUCAAAUUACAUUAUGAUACUUAUUUAUACAAUUUAAUUUUCACUUAUUUAAUGAAAAUAUUCAGUGUAAAAGCCCAAUUGAGCCCCUCUCACUAUUAAGCCCCCUCUCUAUCAAGCCCCUUUAUCAAGCAAAAACUAUAAAGCCCCUUUCUAUUGAUCCCCCCUUUAACAUUUGAUGUCAAACAAAGAAAACAUGCACAUUUAGUGGGUCUCUUGACAGGUGUGAUAAUGUUAAGACCAUGAGCAUUAAAUAGCCCAUACUUGUGCACCUUGGAAGUCAGUCAAAGUUUGUUUCAAAGAUGUCCAAGAUUUAUCAAUUUAUCCCGGAUGCUUAUGAAAAUGAGAACGUUUUAUCUAUUUUAUUUCCAGAUUUUUAAAUUGAGAAAUUUGUUAUUUUUUGCUUUUUCCUAAAAAUAUUUUCUGCAUUUAAAGGGUCACAACAAAGGCUUCUAAUACUAUAAAUUUCCAGCACUGGUGCUCAUUCACUAAGUCUCCAUUCAGUUGGCCCCUGUGCAAAGUGCAACAGCCAAUUUUCUGGAAUGUGAAGUUGAAGCUAUUAUUCACAAAUGCAUCUUGCAGAUUGAGCGUCAAACUAUAACUGAAUUGGCCUUGUGUAUAAUUGCUGGGAGAAGUGUUUGGGGGGUUUGUUUACUUUUGUUUAAAAAAGUUUAUAUCAGAAACAUGCAUGCACCAAGGUUUUUUAAUAUAAACUUCGCUUUUUAAAAGAGUUAUCAUUUGAUAACUUCAGCUUAUGUAUUUAUUCUUAUAUAUGUAUGUUUAAUUCCCUACAUUUAUUGUAUUUGCAAAUUGUACAAAUUGAAAAGAGUAAAAACA